CCCCAGUCCGGACCCCAGGAGCCAGCCGGGAACCCUGCACGGAGCCCAGCUCCUCGCGUGGGGCAGAAACCCAACACCUGGAGUCAUCUAUGGGCACCUUGUUGUCCCCCGGCCCCGAGCCCAGACCCCUGCAAGGGCUCCGGCUUCGCCUUCAGCUGGUUCGCAAUGAACUGGGUGCGACAGGCGCCCGGGAAGGGGCUUGAGUUCGUCGCAGGUAUUAACAGUGAUGGUGGUAGCACCUUCUACGCGCCGUCGGUCAAGGGGCGCUUCACCAUCUCCAGGGACAACUCCCAGAGCACGCUCACGCUGCAGAUGAACAGCCUCCGGGACGACAACACGGCCACCUACUACUGCGCGAAAUGUAGUGAUGGUGGUUGUUAUUAUGGUGGUGGCACCAGCCCCGACACCGUGUCCCACCUUCCCUGUGUUGGGUCCCCUCAUCGACCGAUUUUGCCCCAGACGUCGACCAUUUUUGCCCCAAAUCUCAACCAUUAUCAUCAAACCCUGACCGAUUUCUCACCAGACCUCCAUGGUUUCACUCAACUCUUGACUAUUUGCCACAAACCUUGA